GGGGGCUUUAAUGUUGCUGCUGAGAGAGUCGCAUCAUCAACCUGCAAGGAGUGGCUGCCCCUUCCCUGCUGCAAGAUACCCUGUUUGUACCGGGCAGCUGCCACCCUUCUUGCCCCCAUCACUGCUGGGAGAUAGGGCCGCAGGCCAGGAGUGAUUGUACCAAAGUCACAAAGAGCAUAGGUACUGAAGGCAAUGGAUCUUGCUCAAGAUGAAUGAGGUUUUCCAAAUCCCAGGAACAAGAAGUUUUAUCUCUACCAUCUGGACGGUGUGAGAUCGCCCUCCUUAUGACAAAAUGACAGCAAGGGAACACAGUAGCCCGCGCCAUGGAGUCAGGCCCCACUCCACCAUUGAUGUUACAUCUGAAAUGUUGGGAUUAUCAUUGGCUGGAAACUUUCAGGACCCCGAUGAGCCAAUAUUAGAAUUUAGUUUAGCAUGUAGUGAACUUACUACGCCAUCACUGGAUAGGAAGCCCAAUAGCUUUGUCGCCGUUAGUGUCACCACCCCACCUCAGGCUUUCUGGACAAAGCAUGCGCAGACAGAGAUUAUUGAGGGAACCAGUAACCCAACGUUUCUUAGCAGCAUUGCCUUUUUCCAAGACUCGCUCAUAAAUCAGAUGACUCAGAUCAAACUCUCAGUGUAUGAUGUCAAAGACCGAUCUCAGGGAACUAUGUAUUUGCUGGGCUCUGCAAAGUUUACAGUAAAGGACCUGAUAAAGGAAAAGAGCCACUGUUUACAGCUGACAGUGUGGUCGGCUGAGCAAGCGCGUGUUGGUAAUGUUAUGGUAAAAGGCUGGCAAAUGGAUGAGAAAACGGACCAGCGUCCUCCGGUCAAUAGGUCACCAGACACCAUUAAUGGAAGGACUGUUCUUCCAGUUGAUGAAAGUUUAACAGAAUCACUUGGAAUCCGGUCAAAAUACGCAUCGUUGAGAAAAGAUACUUUAUUAAAAUCGGUGUUUGGUGGAGCUAUUUGCCGCAUGUAUCGCUUCCCGUCCACGGACGGCAACCACCUGCGGAUACUGGAGCAAAUGGCUGAGAGCGUUCUGUCUUUGCACAUCCCCAGGCAGUUUGUGAAGCUACUGCUGGAGGAGGAUGCGGCCAGAGUAUGUGAGCUUGAAGAGCUGGGGGAGCUUUCUCCGUGCUGGGAAAAUCUUCGCAGACAGAUAGUGACUCAAUAUCAAACAAUCAUCUUGACGUACCAAGAGAACCUGACCAACCUCCAUCAAUACAAAGGUGUAUCUUUUAAAGCAAGCAACUUGAAGGGAGAUAAAAAACUAGAAUUUGUUCCUACAAAUUUACACAUUCAGAGAAUGCGGGUUCAGGAUGAGUCUGGUUCAGACCAGAACUAUGAUAUUGUGACUAUAGGCGCACCAGCUGCCCACUGCCAAGGGUUUAAAUCUGGGGGACUACGGAAGCAUCUGCACAAGUUUGAAGAGGCAAAGAAACACAGUUUUGAGGAAAGUUGUACCAAUGCGUGCCCUCAGUCAAUAGUGUACAUACCCCAGGACAUUAUCAGGGCAAAGGAAAUCAUCGCCCACAUCAAUACUCUGAAGACGCAAGUCAGCUAUUAUGCAGAGAGACUUUCGAGGGCAGCUAAGGACAGAUCAGCCAAUGCUCUUGAGAGGACGCUUGCUAUUUUGGCGGAUAAGACAAGGCAGCUUGUGACAGUGUGUGACUGUAGACUUUUAUCGAAUGCUAUACACGGUCUUAACGCUGCCCGGCCUGACUACAUAGCCUCCAAGGCAUCCCCCUCUGGAGAGGCAGACCAAGUUAUGCUUAGAAAUGACCAAGAUACCCUGGUGGCAAAGUGGACCGGAAGGAACAGCAGGUCAUCUCUGCAGGUGGACUUUUAUGAGGAAGAAUGGGAUAAAGUUUGGUCCAAUGUGGAAAAGAGCCUAGAAUGCGUAAUCCAAAGGGUGGACAAGCUUCUCCAGAAGGAGCGUUUGCACAGUGACAGCUGUGACGAUGUCUUCCAAUGUGAAAUAAGCUGCAGUAGCAAGAAAGGUAAUCGGAAAAAGAGAGCAUACUGGAUAAACCCAGGGGUUUCCAAUGACGAGGCCCUGUCACCUCCAUCAUCACCUCCAUCAACAUAUCCUGCAUGCCAUUCUCCCCAGUUCACAAAUUCCAGCUCGGUGGCUGAAGAUAUCAGUUCAGGUGAAUGGAGUGAGGCCCUGUACCCCCUGCUGAGCACUCUUACUGACUGCGUGGCCAUGAUGAGCGACAAGGCUAAGAAAGCCAUGGUCUUUUUGUUAAUGCAGGAUAGCGCACCCACCAUCGCCAUGUACUUGAGCCUCCAAUAUCGCAGAGAUGUGGUCUUCUGUCAAACAUUGACAGCCCUUAUAUGUGGCUUCAUUAUCAAGCUUCGGAAUUGUCUGCAUGAUAAUGGGUUCCUGCGGCAGCUGUAUACAAUUGGUCUCUUGGCACAAUUUGAGAGUCUCCUCAGCACACACGGAGAGGAACUGGCCAUGCUGGAGGAUAUGAGUUUAGGAAUCAUAGACUUGAGAAAUGUAACUUUCAAAGUAACACAGGCCUUAUCCACCUCCUCAGCCGAUAUGCUACCGGUUAUUACUGGAAACCGUGAUGGAUUUAACGUCCGGAUUCCACUGCCGAGCACCUUGUUUGAUGCCCUUCCUCGUGAGAUUCAGAGUGGGAUGCUGCUAAGGGUCCAGCCUGUCCUGUUUAACGUUGGAAUAAAUGAGCAGCAGACGCUGGCAGAAAAAUUCGGAGAUACGUCCUUGCAGGAAGUCAUAAAUAUUGAGAGCUUGGUGCGGUUAAACUCUUACUAUGAGCAAUUCAAAGAAGUUUUGCCAGAUGAUUGCCUGCCACGGUCUCGCAGUCAGACGUGCCUCCCAGAACUUCUAAGAUUCCUUGGACAAAAUGUGAAUGCUCGAAAGAACAAAAAUGUUGACAUCCUUUGGCAGGCUGCAGAGAUAUGUCGGAGACUCAAUGGUGUUAGGUUCACAAGCUGUAAAAGUGCAAAGGACCGUACUGCGAUGUCUGUGACCCUGGAGCAAUGUCUGAUACUGCAGCACGAGUAUGGAAUGGCCCCGCAGGUGUUCACACAAGCCUUGGAGUGCAUGCGAAGUGAGGGCUGCAGGCGGGAAAACACCAUGAAGAACGUGGGCUGUCGCAAAUACGCGUUUAACAGUUUGCAGCUGAAGGCUUUCCCAAAACAUUACAGACCUCCCGAAGGAACCUAUGGAAAAGUGGAGACAUAAGAGUCGCAAAAAUCCUAUUCUUAUCUUUUCUUCCAUGUGUAAAUAUGCAUUUAUUUAGGUGUUAGACUUUUUUUUUAAUUGACAAACACAGCAUUUACGAAGACUGAGCAUGAUUCGGGAACAUGGUUCUCAGACGCAUCUAUGUAACUUAACCAUCUGUGAGGCUUUAUGACCCGAACACUCGAAUGCAGCGUUGCUAGUUCGUUCCCUGUUACACGGUGAAGCAGAAUAGUGCUGCUCACAUUUAUUUUUGUUGUACGAUGUUUGCACCAGACCACAAAAUGUUCCGGUCGUACUGUUAGAUGUUCCAUGGAGGAUAGAAUUCCUAAAACCGGUAAAAUCAGAUUUAUAAAUCGGAUGUAUAAAACAAAAUCCUGUAUCUCAAGGCAAAAACACGUUUCUACGUUUCACCAGCAAAAUGUGCUCCGACAGACUGCAUGCUAACCGAAUCUGAAGUUCUCUUAUUCUGGAUAACACGUCAUAAGCAAAUCAGGAGACCUCUGAAGGUUAAUAUGGUCCUCACCAAAGACAUCUAUUUUAUAAAUAUGGGAGCUUAGUAUGAAAAAAAUAAACUGCUUAAGUUAUUUAAGUGAUUUAUUCUUCUGUCCUAUCAAAAUCACUGAUUUUGUGCUUAUGUGCUUGUUAUUACCAGGCAUGAUCAUAGCUAUUAGUUGCAUGCAAGUCAAUGACUCUGAGAAAA